AUGCCUAGAGAAAUAAUUACAAUUCAAGCCGGCCAGUGCGGCAACAACGUCGGUAGUCAGUUCUGGCAGCAACUUUGCCUGGAGCAUGGGAUAAGUCAAGAUGGGAACUUAGAGGAGUUCGCGACAGAAGGAGGAGAUCGUAAGGAUGUUUUUUUCUACCAGAGUGAUGAUACCAGAUAUAUCCCUCGAGCGAUCUUACUGGAUCUAGAACCUAGGGUCCUUCAUGGAAUCCAAUCUGGUCCAUAUAAAAAUAUAUACAACCCCGAGAACUUCUUCAUUGGGCAACAAGGCAUUGGUGCGGGGAACAACUGGGGUGCUGGCUAUUCUGCUGGUGAAGUGGUGCAAGAGGAGAUUUUCGAUAUGAUAGACCGCGAAGCCGAUGGGAGUGAUUCAUUAGAGGGAUUCAUGUUUCUGCAUUCCAUCGCAGGAGGGACAGGCUCUGGCAUGGGCAGUUUCAUACUGGAGCGAAUGAACGACCGGUUCCCUAAAAAGCUCAUCCAGACAUAUUCCGUUUUCCCAGAUACUCAAUCGGCAGAUGUCGUGGUUAAUCCGUACAACAGUUUACUGGCGAUGAGAAGGCUGACACAGAACGCGGACUCAGUGGUGGUUUUGGACAAUGGUGCUCUUUCAAGGAUUGUUGCAGACCGACUUCAUGUGCAGGAACCUUCGUUCCAGCAGACAAAUCAGCUAGUAUCUACUGUUAUGUCCGCUUCCACGACCACCCUUCGCUACCCCGGCUACAUGCACAAUGACCUUGUCGGGAUCAUCGCUUCCCUUAUUCCUACCCCGCGCAGCCACUUCCUAAUCACAUCCUACACGCCAUUUACGGGCGACAACAUUGAACAGGCCAAGACUGUUCGAAAGACAACGGUGCUGGAUGUCAUGCGUCGCCUACUGCAGCCCAAGAACCGCAUGGUUUCGAUCAACCCCAGCAAAUCCAGCUGCUACAUGAGCAUCCUCAACAUCAUCCAGGGAGAAGCCGAUCCGACGGAUGUGCAUAAAUCCCUGCUCCGGAUUCGCGAGCGGCGACUGGCGUCAUUCAUUCCCUGGGGCCCAGCAAGUAUCCAGGUUGCCCUGACGAAGAAAUCGCCGUACAUCCAGAACACACAUCGAGUCAGCGGGCUGAUGCUGGCGAACCACACAUCCGUUGCGACGUUGUUCAAGCGGAUUGUUCAACAGUACGACCGACUGCGAAAGCGAAACGCUUUCCUGGAGCAGUACAAAAAGGAGAGUCCGUUUACGGAUGGACUUGGGGAAUUCGACGAGGCGAGAGCUGUGGUGAUGGACUUGGUAGGGGAGUACGAGGCGGCCGAGAAAGAAACGUAUCUGGACCCAGAUGCAGGAAAGGAGAAGGAGAUGGGUGUGUAG